AGAACUCCAAGAGGCCGAUUGCUCCUCAGAGCAGGUGGAGCUUGGGAGAGGAGCUGGACUCUCUCAGAUCCGUCGUGGCCGACCGACACGCCCGCGACAGCGACGGCGGCGCCGCUGGCGCCGCGCGGCGGCCCCAGGCCCCGCGCAGACGCAAGCGCUUCCUCUCCUACCCCCGCUACGUCGAACUGAUGGUGACAGCGGAUGCCAAAAUGGCGCGUCACCACGGGCGCAACCUGGAGCACUACAUCCUAACAAUCAUGUCAGUAGUAGCAGCGGUGUACAAGGACCCGAGCGUGGGAAACCUCAUCAACGUCGUGAUCGUCAAGCUGGUCAUCGUCCACAAUGAACAGGAAGGGCCCACUGUGAGCUUCAACGCCGCCACGACGCUCCACAACUUCUGUGUCUGGCAGCAGAGCCAAAACUUCCCGGACGACAGCCACCCCUCUCACCACGACACGGCACUCCUCAUCACCAGGGAGGACAUCUGCCGCGCGAAAGACAAAUGCGACACGUUAGGCCUUGCAGAGCUGGGGACCAUGUGCGACCCGUACCGGAGCUGCUCCAUCAGUGAGGAAAACGGAAUAAGUGCCUCCUUUACCAUCGCUCAUGAGCUGGGCCAUGUGUUCAACAUGCCUCACGAUGACAACCCAAAGUGCCGGGAGGCGGGCAUGAAGCACCAGUAUCAUGUCAUGGCCCCCACCCUGAACUACGACACCAACCCCUGGUCGUGGUCCAAGUGCAGCCGCAAGUACAUCACCGAGUUCCUAGAGUAGGUACCCCGCUCUCCUCGGGCGUGAACCCGGAUUCAUCAUGGAAAAAAAAUAUGGGGGCUUCCUCUAGCCCCCACCUCACAUGAUCACCAGCACAUUUCUCACCCGCCAUUAACUUUCGCUUGUUGUGACGUGGGCGGCCAAACAAACCGCCGCAACG